AUCCAAUCUUAGCACACAUUUUUAUAUUUUCAACACUACUUUUUAUAUUCUCAAUAUAAAAAACACCGAAAAACACACACUAACAAAACGAACCAAACAUACUUCUUUUAUAAAUUUAUCAUUUUGUAGUAAGAAAGUUAGAGAAAGAAAGAGGGAGACAGAGAGGCAGAGAGAGAGAAACGAGUUUGGUAUUGGGAUUUUGGAUUAGAUUUGGGGGCAGUGGUGAGGUCGGAACUCGGAAGAGGAGGCAGACACACGUGACGCGCCAGUUUGUAUUAUGAAACGCGCACGUGAUGUGCGUGUGACGGCAGUAAAUCUAAAUUUACUUUCACCUUGAAUGUGUGUUCACUGUUCCGCUCCCAUUUUACUCCUCAAUCCCUAAAUCGAUGAAAAUCUCUUCUCCACACUGCCGGUGCCAAUUUGAUUUUUAGGUUUCAAGUUGCGUACGAAUCCCGUCGGCGACCUGGCUAUCCGGCGAAUCUGACGACCGGCCGAUAGAUAUGGAGCUGCUGGUUGACCGGCUUAGCAAUCUUCCAGAAGAGAUCAUUCUCCACGUUCUAUCGUUUUUGCCCACAGAUAAGGUUGUUGCUACCAGCAUUUUGUCCAAGAGUUGGAAAUCUCUUUGGACCAAGGUUAAUACCUUCGAUUUUGAUAAUCGAUUGAGGGUUUACAAGUCCGGACUUUCGAUAGCUCGUGUCUACAAAACCAUGGCUUUUGAUCAGUUCGUUAACAAGGUUUUCUUCCAAAACAAAUGUCAAACACUGGACAAGGUUAGUAUCGUUUGGAAUCAUUGGAAGGGGAUAGAGCUAGGUUAUUUCUCAAUAUGGAUCACCGAGGCAAUUGCUAGGAAUUGUUAUACAUCUGAUGCUGAUUGUUCCUCCUGGUAGUCCGCGAACGAGUCGUUUAGUUGAGCUUCCUGCAGCCCUUUUCACAAGUAAGACUCUUGGAUCUCUCAAGUUAGAUGGACCUUUCCGACUUAAGGCCUCUCCUGUGGUUUGUCUUCCCAAACUUACUGCAUUGCAUUUUCUUUACUUUAUAAAUGAAUAAUACAAACACCAACCUGAUGAGUCUUUCCAUAGAGUUAUAUCUGGUUGCCCAAUUUUGAAUUCUCUCUGUCUCUGCCUCCAUAGGGUAACUUAUGACGAUUAGCUUCCCCUUCCCUUAGAUUUCUUCAACUUAUUGUGGACAAUAGGAUUGAUCCCUACAAAAACAAACUGCAGUUUAGAUUGAAUGCCCCUGCUCUUGAGCACCUCAUUUUGUCCGGUGGGUACGCAUUGUUCUCAGUAGGAGCUUUACAUUCUUUGCUCAAACUCGAAGUGGCGAUUGAGCUAGAUCUUUCGAUUCAUGGUACCAAGAAAAGAAAUCGUCUUGUUAAGUUAUCUAGGCACACAAUGGCUGUUUUGGGGUCUGCCAGUGCUAGAUUGUCCACAACGUUUGAGUGGUUAACCGAAUUGUACAUAGAAUUUGAUUGUGGUGACUGGGGCUUUCUGAAAGAUUUGCUGGAGUUUUCACCGAGAUUGCAAGUCCUUAACAUGUCAAAAAGUGGUUGGUGUACCUGGGGCCAUGAUCAUGUAUCUAAAACAUGUUGGGAGGAACCUACGGACAUUCCGGGAUGCCUUUUACACAGUUUGGCACGCGUUUCAUUCUAUGGAUUCGAGGGACUGAAACGUGAGCUUAAACUGCUGAAGUACAUUCUUAAGCAUGGCGCAGUGAUGAAAACUAUCUUAAUAGGGUGCAGUAAGGAGGAAAAAACCGUCCAAAAAGUUGAGAAGUUGCGCAGAGUCCCCAAAGCUUCUCCUUCCUGUGAAAUAGAAUUAAGUUCUGGUGCCCGUGGUGCGACUUGGAAUUGACGUUUUUUACAUCCUGAGACUUCUUGUUUGUUCUGAAUCCUCUUUAUUCAAUUGCGGAGUAUGUGUAGUUUGCUUAUGGUUGUUGCACCAUAGGGCUUUCUUCAUGUUUUGUUUCGAUUCGCUAGCUAAAUGUAUAUUCUGGCAACACUAUAUAUGACAAUAGUGUUAGAUCGGCCAGGUUCAACUCUUUCUCAAAGAGUUGUUUUGUAAGUAAGCUAUGAUUCCUCAUCAUCAAUAUAUGUAUUGUUGCUCUCCAGAAGUUUUUAUGUUUCUGUGAUCUGAUUCUCCCUCCCUGGAAGUUUUAAGAACCUUGGUAUCGUGACAUAGCCAGAUUCCAUGAAAAGGUCAAUAGUUACAGAACUGCCACCUAAGG